AAUAUUUAAUCCCGACCGCCAGGAUUGCGGCUGACUCAAAACAGUGCCUUCUCUGAGACAACAGGAAGGAGGGGGUACUGUAGAGUUCCACGCCCUAUAAAACACAAGCCAUACAGAUUUACAGCUAAAACAAACCCGUCUCCUGACGUUUGAAUCUGAAAGUUUGGCUUUGUUGUAAUUUCCCCGAGAAGAGAUGGAGCGCUGGAAAGGCAGAGUGGCGCUUGUGACCGGUGCUUCGGUGGGGAUUGGAGCGGCGAUCGCUAGAGCGCUUGUCCAGCACGGUAUGAAGGUAGUGGGCUGCGGUAGGAGUGUGGACAAAAUAGAGAAGCUGGCGGCGGAGUGCCAGAGUGCUGGCUAUACUGGGACCCUGAUUCCCUACAAGUGUGACCUGUCCAACGAGGAGGAGAUCCUGUCCAUGUUCUCAGCCAUCAAGACCCUGCACCAGGGGGUGGACGUGUGCAUCAACAACGCCGGCCUGGCUCGUGCAGAGCCCCUGCUGUCCGGCAAGACCGAGGGCUGGAGGAACAUGAUCGACGUGAAUGUCCUCGCCCUGUCUAUCUGCACCCGGGAGGCUUACCAAUCAAUGAAGGAGAGGAAUAUCGAUGACGGCCACAUCAUUAACAUUAAUAGCAUGAGCGGCCACAGGGUAGUCCCCCAAGCUGCUGUGCACUUCUACUCUGCCUCCAAGUUUGCUGUGACAGCGCUGACAGAGGGAAUCCGCCAGGAACUCAGAGAAGCCAAAACGCAUAUAAGAGCCACGUGUAUAUCCCCUGGACUGGUGGAAACAGAGUUUGCUUUUCGACUGCACAACAAUGACCCAGAGAAAGCUGCUGCUACAUACGAGAGCAUUAAGUGUUUAAAAGGAGAAGAUAUAGCCAGCGCCAUCACAUAUGUCCUUAGCGCACCGCCACAUGUGCAGAUUGGAGACGUUCAGUUGAGACCUACAGAACAGGUGUCCUAGCAACAGAGGAGGAAGCAGCUGCAACAGCAGGAAGAGCCAGCAGUUUAGGUUAUUCCCCAGCGACCUCUACUGGACAAAACCUACGAUCACGUUUGGGAGAUGCAAGCCCUUUCUCUGGGUGUCUUGUAAGGUGGCACACGGCCCCCCCUGAUUUUAAGAAAGGAAAGGACGUACCACUACAGUGUAAUUGUGAUAUGCUGCUGGAAUCGAACAUGUCAAAUUUAGUGUAUUGUCAGCCUUGUUUUCAUGUUUAAAUAAAUUGUUUCGCUGCUGCUCCUGAGCGAUACACGGUUGCUAUGACAGCGACGAUUGCAACCGUAAAGCACACGUGUGUGUGUGUGUGUGUGUGUUGUGUUUUUUUUUAGUUUAUAAAAUAAUACAUAUCUUAUAUGAAACUGAUUGUUCAUAAACCUUUGACAUAUAUUAGACCUUCUGUGUUGUUAGAUGUGGGUUAUUGCUUAAUGGUAUUGAUAAAAUCAAUGAAGGGGUUUAAUUAAUAUUCUUUUCCUUUUUGUUUGUGAUCAGCAUAGGUCCGCUGCAGUGUUUCUUUUUAAAACGUAACCCCAAUUAAACACUAAAGGCUUCAGAGCCACAUUAACCCUCUGAGGGCUGCUACUCAAACAUUACAUUUGUAUUGCCUUAUUGAAGGAGACAUGAACGAGAUGAAAGAUGAAGCUCAAUGUUUUUACAAAGACACACUGAAUAGAAAUGCUUGUAAAAUCUAAAAUGCUAAAUUUGCAGAUGUGUGCAGUAUGGGCUCUGCAGUGUGUCCUUUCAAAGAGUGAUACAGUGAGGCUAGUCAACGCCAAGAGAAAUUCCUCCCUAACUUUGGGAGUGCAAAGGCUAAUGCAGCAAAGAUUUGGCAUGACCCAGAAUUUGACCAGUGGGCACCCAAUCACUCCCUCUGCACUCCAAGCGGUACUGCCUUUACAAGUGGAGACACCCAAUAUAAUGCCAAUUUUAAGAGUCAGGGGCUUCAAAUAUAAUUUCGCUUACUUUUCUAUGCUGACGGCAAUCGUUCUGAGGGAUUUGGGGUCCUGUUACACCCAUAUUGUUAUUGUUAUUUUUCAAAAAUCUCCAGACAAGCUCUGUGCUGCUCAAACCCAGGUAUAGGCAGAUUUAGCAGAGAACAUGUCAACUCAGUGUUGGAGAAGCAGAACCUAGGUCCUCCAGAAUGAUCGCAGACAACAUGCAAUAUUAAAUGAAAAGAAGUUAGAAAUUCGAUUCUGCAGCUGUGGUUGAUACUCCUGUAAGAAAUCGGUGUGAAAGUGUAAAGCAUGCCCCAUAGUCUAAAAAGCUCAUGCAGCUCAUUAACUUGAAUACUAAAGGAAGAGCCAUUUAUUAAACCCCUGUCUUUUCUCUGUAGUAAAUCAUCCAUUCAAAAAAUAUUAAUAGUGGACAGUUAUUAUUCAGUUUGGACAGUUAGCACAACACUAACAUCUCCUUUAGUCACUGUUUCUAACCCACAUAUGGGCAACUGUAUGAUUAAACGUACUACUCCUUGUUUAAUUGUGGAUUGUAAUGAUGAUAAUUAUCAAUACAUUUUUUUAUUGCUGCUUUG